GACACCAUCAAUGGACGCGCAAGACACCUCAUCGCCCGCGCAGGCGAACCUCUCGACGUGCGUAGAGCCGCCAAGGUCGGGCGGUAACGCUGCUUGGUACGAUGGUGCCUUGAACAUGCUCUCUACGCAGCCUGCUUGGCCAGAAGACAAGGAAAGGGUUCUGCUCGAGCCCUACACCUAUCUCGAAUCGAAGCCUGGCAAAGAGAUCCGAUCGCAGCUUAUCGACGCUUUCAAUGUAUGGCUCAAAGUGCCCGAGGAAAAGCUGACGGUGAUCCGGAAGGUCGUGGGAAUGCUGCACAACAGCAGUCUUCUCAUGGACGACGUCGAGGACAACUCGGAUCUACGCAGAGGCAUUCCGGUCGCACACAAGGUCUACGGUGUCCCCCAAACGAUCAAUACGGCAAACUACGUCUACUUUCUCGUCUUCUCACAAAUCUCUGCCAUGAAUGGCCAAGGAACGACGGAGAUGAUCGUCGACGAAAUGAUCAACUUGCAUCGCGGUCAGGGCAUGGACCUCUUCUGGCGCGACAGCCUCACAUGUCCUACCGAAGCCGAGUAUGUCGAGAUGGUGAACAACAAGACCGGCGGGCUGCUGCGCAUUGCCAUCAAACUCAUGGUCGCCCAGAGCCCCGAAUACGCCGGGCCGGACCUGGUGCCGCUCGUCAAUCUGAUUGGACUCCUCUUCCAGAUCCGCGACGACUUCAUGAACCUGCAGAGCGCUGAUUAUGCAGAUAAUAAGGGCUUCUGCGAGGACUUGACCGAGGGCAAGUUCUCUUUUCCAAUCAUUCACUCCAUUCGUGCCUCGUCGUCCUCCAACAACAACAACGACGCCUCUUCAUCGAGCAGCCACACCGACCGGCAGGUACUCUCGAUUCUCCGGCAGAGGCCCACGGAUGUUGCGACAAAAAAGUAUGCAAUCGAGUACAUGAGGGAGAGGACAGCAAGCUUCGCAUAUACGCGUGACGUCAUGACGAGACUUGACCGUCUGGUUCGAAGCGAAACGACACGCAUUGAACAGAGCAUAGACAGCAAGAACGAAAAGCUGGGCAUGAUCCUCGACGCACUACGAAAGGGCUGGUAAAGGCUAGCCAAGGGCACCCAUACAACAUCAUCUAUUGUAAUUGUAACAUUAUCCAUUUCACAAUUUCUGUCGCUCUGGCCAACCAUCGAGCUCUUUGAGA